CGGCCAUGGCGGAGCCCACGGUGUGCUCCUUCCUCACCAAGGUGCUGUGCGCCAACGGCGGCCGCAUGUUCCUGCAGGACCUGCGCGGCAACGUGGAGCUGUCGGAGGCCCGGCUCCGGGACGUGCUGCGCCAGGCCGGGCCCGACCGCUUCCUGCUGCAGGAGGUGGAGACGAGGGAGGGCCUCUGGGACGCCGAGGCCGAGGUGGCGGCCGGCGCGGGCGGCGGCGGCGGCGGCCCCUGCGCCUGGCGGGUGGUGGCCGUGUCCUCCGCGCGCCUCUGCGCCCGCUACCAGCGCGGCGAGUGCCAGGCCUGCGACCAGCUGCACCUCUGCCGCCGCCACAUGCUGGGCAAGUGUCCGAACCGCGACUGCUGGUCUACCUGCACCCUUUCCCAUGACAUCCACACACCGGUCAACAUCCAAGUACUGAAAAACCAUGGGCUUUUUGGCCUCAAUGAGGCCCAGCUUCGGAUCCUGCUUUUACAGAAUGACCCGUGUCUUUUACCAGAGGUCUGUUUGCUGUACAACAAAGGUGAAGCACUGUACGGCUACUGCAACCUCAAGGAUAAAUGCAACAAAUUUCAUGUGUGCAAAUCCUUUGUCAGAGGGGAAUGCAGACUUCAGAAAUGCAAACGGUCCCAUCAGCUCAUUCAUGCUACAGCCCUGAAGCUGCUGCAGGACCAGGGACUGAAUAUUCCAAGUGUCGUUAAUUUUCAGAUCAUCUCUACCUACAAGCACAUGAAGCUGCACAAGAUGCUCGAAAAUCAAGAUAAUGCAGGUUCUUCUGCUGAGUGUUCCCAGGGCCCCGAGAAAGCAGGAGUACAUGUGGCUGGUGCUGCAGAGGCCAGUCCUGUGGCUUCCGUGCCUGCUCAGUCAGUCAAGAAGCCACACGCAGCUAAACCGUAA